AUGAUGCCUAACAAAGAAAGAGAACAACAGAACUUCUCCAAGAGUGAUUCGGGUGACACGAAAGUUCAAAAGUAUGAAUCAAAAACAGGAGAAAGGCGUGAACGAUUGGUGCCUAACAAAGAAAGAGAGCGACAGAACUUUUCCAAGAGUGAUUCGGGUGACACAAAAGUUGAAAAGAGACGUGAAACAGACGUCUAUGGUGAUGGUCGUCACAGACAGGAUGACACACAACCCCGUCCGCGUGAUGAAACGCGUCGUGAACAACCAAAAAGAAAUGACGAACGCAAAGCUCCUGUCAAAUCAAGUGCCGAAACUUGGGACAGUGAAAUAAACUCUAGAGCAGAAGAACGAAAGUGUGUGCAAAGAGAAAAUCGUGAUGCGACUCGGCAAUCUUAUAGGACACAGGAUCAUACUGAUCGGCGUAAUAAUUCAUAUUCCCGCGAUCGGAAAGACCAGCGCGACCAACGAGACCAAGACAAACCCGACCAACGUAAUAGAAAUGAACGUGAGCGAACAGAUCGUCGGGAUCGUACGGACCAACGUGAGCGUAUGGGUCGUCGAGAUCGCAAGGAGCAACGGGAGGGCAAUGAUCGUCGCGAGAAUACGGAUCGUCGUGAUCGCACAGAACAAAGUGAGCGACAAGAUCGGCGAGAUCGCACAGAUCAACGAGAACGUAUAGAUCGUCGUGAUCGCACAGAACAAAGUGACCGAACAGAUCGGCGUGAUAAAAUCAAGCCAGUAAGUAAUGAAAAACUAGAGUCGAACGUUGAUAAGCCACGUAAACCUGGUGUCAAAGGAGAACAGAAUAAAGAUAUUCAGCAGAAUGAAUCUAUUCCUCAAAAACAAGAUGUUAAUAUGGAGAGUGAAAGAACUGAGAAACAAGAUGAGAAUCUUUCUUCCAUGAAAAAACAAUCUGACAGAUUUGCUGUAGGUACAUUAAGCCCUGGGGGAGAUCACCGACGGUACAACGAAACUCGUCGCGGUGAUGCGUCUUCAAUACGUGGUAGUCAUGGUGGAACACGCGGGAUGCGCGGUCGUGGUCGUGUGAUAAGUAGUGGAAAACCCAUAGGAAAAGCUAGUGCGGCAUCAAAGAAUGAUGAUGAAAAUGAUUCUGAAGAAGUGUUUGAUAAGCAAGAUGACGGACGAAGAGAUGACAAGAGGCCAAAUUAUUCGAGUAGUCGAUCAAGAGGGUCAUAUAGUUCGCGCGGAAAGGGAAGAGGGGGUUCACAGAUAACCCGUAGCUGGCGGAAACAGCCAGAGAAACCGCCACGUUUUCAAAGACAAGAAGCAAGAAGUGCUAGCAGAGGUCGAGGGAAGAGUAGCCGGAGAGGAUUUUCUUCCAAAGAUAACUGGGAUGAGAACAUUUCAAAGAAUAGAGAUAGCAAAAACUCCGAUGAAGGACCUUUGCCCAAAAGCGUCCGCCGGAUACAUCCUAUUCAAACGAAAAGUGAUUGUGAACUUUCUUUAAGCACCGAGGCCUGUCGUCCAAAUUGA